AGGGACAAGGAACGCGCCGGGGAGGGAGCUUCGCGGACGCGAGCUGGGGCCCAGCUCGCCAUGGGGGAGGUGGAGAUCUCGGCCCGGGCCUACGUGAAGAUGUGUCUGCACGCCGCCCGGUACCCGCACGCCGCCGUCAACGGGCUGUUGCUGGCGCCCGCGCCGCGGUCGGGAGAAUGUCUGUGUCUCACCGACUGUGUGCCCCUGUUCCACAGCCAUCUGGCCCUGUCCGUCAUGCUGGAGGUCGCCCUCAACCAGGUGGAUGUGUGGGGCGCGCAGGCCGGUCUGGUAGUGGCUGGGUACUAUCAUGCCAAUGCAGCCCUGGACGACCAGAGUGCUGGACCCCUGGCCUUGAAAAUUGCUGGGCGGAUUGCAGAAUUCUUCCCUGGUGCAGUCCUUAUUAUGUUGGAUAAUCAGAAACUGGUGUCUCAGCCUCAUGUGCCCCCCGUCAUCGUCCUAGAAAACCAUGGUCUCCGCUGGGUCCCCAAGGACAAGAACUUAGUGAUGUGGAGGGACUGGGAAGAGUCACGGCAGAUGGUGGGAGCACUACUAGAGGGCCGGGCCCACCAGCAACUUGUGGACUUUGACUGCCACCUUGAUGACAUCCGGCAGGACUGGACCAACCAGCAGCUAAACACCCAAAUCACCCAGUGGGUGGGUCCCACCAAUGGAAAGACCUGAGCCAGGGCUGGGGGCAUGGUGGGAGGGGAACGGUCAGGAUCCAAUAAAAAUACUUGAAUGAAAGGA